AUGGCCCAGUCGCGGGCGAACGGCUCGCACUACGCCCUUACGGCGAUAGGGCUGGGGAUGCUUGUCCUCGGGAUCAUCAUGGCAGUGUGGAACCUUGUUCCUGGCUUCGGCCAGGCCGAUAAACCCACAGCUCACGCAGGAAACAGCAGCAAGCCUGACCGUGGCGGCGGAGGCAUUUUGAAGAGCAAGACCUUUUCCGUGGCCUAUGUUUUGGUCGGGGCUGGAGUACUGCUGCUUUUGCUUUCCAUCUGUUUGAAUAUCCGGGACAAGAAGAGGCAAAGCGAAGAUAUUACUAGGAUCCAGCACCAACCAUCAGCAGAGCCUUCGCACCAGGAGGACAGCCAAGAAGAGGACGAAGAGGUGUCUUCCCGGUACUACGUCCCCAGCUACGAGGAAGUUAUGAACUCGGGCUAUUCUGAGCCCAGAGACUCGGAUAGGGGCAACAGGAUCAGCGUGUCGUUGCCCUCCUACGAAUCUCUAACAGGGAUCGACGAGAGCGUGCCAGCGCCGGGCGCCACCGGCACAGAGCCCGGCGUGGAGCGGCAGCCCAGCCGGCAGAGCUCACGCUUGAGCAAGCGCCUGAAACCGCUCAAAGUCCGGAGAAUCAAGUCCGAGAAGCUGCACCUAAAGGACAUCCGGCUAAACCUCGCCGACGGGAACAGCGCGGGCCCUAUAACGAUAGAGCCGCUCACCCCUCCGCCCAAGUACGAAGAGAUUCAGGAGAAAGCACCAGAGAGCCGGCAAAUGACUUAGGCAAAACAAACAAAACCUAGGAUUUUCCUGAUGCAAACACGAGAGAGGCUUGAUCUCUCGGCACAGAAGAAUUUAGCACUUCCGAAAGCUGAAAUAGCAAGGAAAUGAUAGCUGUUUACCUCCGUAUCCCAUGGACGGGACAAGCUUUCCCAGGGACGGUCUUUCAUGAAAUACCGCGGGGGAGAAAAAACUGAAUGCAAAUAACUCUGCUACUCUGAAGUAAAUGAAGGCUGGAAGUACUGAAUAUAUAUGUUGGUUUGUUCUAAAUUAAGUACUGCCUAAUACGUCCUCUCGUCUCUUCUCUCCCUUGUCCCAAACAGGAAUUUUCUAAGCCACAAAACUGGUAUUUAGCAAGAAUUUCACGAGUGGAAAAGGGAAACAUCUUUGUCUUUUCUUUCUGUUUUCUCUUUUGUGUCUUGUGCCCCGAUACGAAGGGACAGUCCGUUUGAGGCAAGCCGAUAAAUUCAGUGGGUUGGCGACUAUGUUAGUGUACCUCUGCCAAAAGGCCUUCGAGAUGUUCUGGUUUAAACUCCUGUUGGAUAUGCUGCGCAAGCAGACCUUUUCUAAAUGAAUAUUUUGUACGUUGUGUUUGUGUGUGUGUGCGCGCGCUUGCGCGUAGCUCGCCGUUCUCGCCGGCUUUAAGCA